UGGGAGCAGCAAGAAACAAGCCCGGCGCCGCGCAGACGUCCACUGCAGUGACAGAGACAAGAGUCAGGGAUGAGAUGCUGCUGCUGUAGACGGACACUGUUUGGUUUGUCAGGCUCGAGCAAACGUGGAGGAUGGAGUGGAGCAAUAAACUUGUGCCCGUCAUCGCCGCCGCCGCCGCCGCGUGCUUCAUAGGCCUGGUGGGCAGUCAGACCACACUUCCCCCCGCUGUGAUGAACACCACCGCGCUCAUUGAGAAUGUGACCAGUCUCACUCUCACCCCCGUGAUUCUCAGCAGCACGACCCCGAGCUGCUUUGCAUAUAACACCACCACUUGUCAGCCGUGUGCACCGGGAUCGCAAUACGACAACAACACCCUGCUGUGUGCGUGCUGCCCUGACCCCGGGCUGUGUCUAUUUCCUGGCGCCUGCCUCUCGUGUCCCAAAGGCUUCUAUCAGCCACUUGCUGGACAGCAGCAGUGUCUGCCCUGCAGCCGGGGUUCCUACACCAAUUUCACCGGGAGUCCAUUAUGUCAUCCGUGUCCUGCUGGAUCCUUCAACAAUAACACUGGUGCUGAAAGCUGCGCAGGCUGUUCACCAGGUUUCUUCACGUCGCAGCUGAGUUCCACGUCAUGCGCGCCGUGUGUCAGAGGCACUUUCUGCAACUCCACUGGUUGUGCACGUUGCCAGGUGUGUCCCGGAGGAUCAGAGGCUCUGCAGACGUCCGCUAAAGACUGCACACCGUGCCGACCAGGCAUGCACAAAGCUCCGCACCAAACGAUGUGUCAGAUCUGCGGCAGCGGCUUCUUCCAGAUCCACUGGGGUCAGGAAAGCUGCGACGUCUGCCCGGAGAAUCACUACUGCCCUAGUCCCGACGUGAACCCGGUUCUUUGUCCGAGCGACGCCUUUUGUCCAGAGGGCAGCUCGGCUCCAGGUUACUGCAUGGAGACCUUCUUCAGGAAAGCAGGGGACACUUGUGAACUGGCGCCGGUCACAAUUGCUCUGUUAGUUAUUGGAGGUGGAGUGGCCUUACUCUUCAUCAUUCUAGUGAUCGUGCGUCGACAGAGAGACACUGACAGAGAGCUGACUGUAGCUCGAGCGCCGUUGCUAUGCAAAGAGCGACCUCAAGGUCGAUACUACGGGAUCCCCUGCGACGCAGAGCCUGUAUACGCCGGCUGGUGAACUGAAGGAGUUUAGAAAUAAGCGAGUGGUUGUACAACAAACUGAAGGCAGAUCUUCUCUAAAGACGUGGAAGAAAACGCAGAUGUGGUAAAAUCCUCGGACCGUGUCUAAGCACUUUGACGAUCCAUCAGCUUUUUUUUUUUUUUGUGGUACACAGAAGUUCUUUAUCGUGUAAAUUCUUGUAGUUUAACACUGUAUCAGUUGUUCUACUCAGAGAUAAGGUAGGUUAUUGGAUUAUGGGAGGUAUUCUGGAAUGGUGAAAAUGACAUGGGAAUUCCUCUCUCUCUUUUUUACGAAGAUAAUUGAUUUACUUUGCACUCGUGUUGUUGUGGAUUUGUAGUUCCUCCGUGACAGUGAGGUGUAAACUGAACAUUUUUUUGUGUGUGUACGUUUUUAAAAAGUAAAUGUCUGUAGUUUUACUUACUGAUACCUUGGCUUAACAUUUUCCGUCUGCUUUUUUAAUUAUUGUAUUUGUAUGUUUUAAAAGAAAAAUAAAUGCAUUGA